AUGAUCGCCAUCAGAUGGGUUGUGCAUGGAGACAGCAUGAACGCCAGAUCCAUAGCGGGGAGACUCUUCUUUGCCUUCUUCCAGUGGAAAAAUCUGGUGAUGUGGCUCUGUGUGGGUCUGUGCGUGCAGAGCCUGUACUUCUCCGUGAUGAACUCACAUGAAAGUCACACUGAGAAGCAUCUGGGGGCUUGCCGUAGACGCUUUGUGUGGAGGAAGCCUUUUCUUGGAAGGUUUGACUCUCACUGGAAGCCUUUCCUGACCAGCAAAUCCUUAUGCUCACUCAUGGACAGACCUUUUCAAGGAGAGCUUGAAGAAGUUCUGUGGUUCCAUAAACUGCCUUUUGGGCUGCAGAGCUCAGUUCUCUCUGCUUUUGCCACGUUGCAGCUUCUUCCACAGCAGGAGUUGCCGGGAUCCUUUGGCCGUUUAUGGUGCCAAAGGUGCAUUGUGGUCGGCAACGGCUACUCCAUCCACGGCCAACACUUUGGGAAAAUGAUUGACUCUCACCACGUUAUCAUAAGAUUAAAUGAUGCUCCGGUAAAAGAGCACAAGAAAGACGUGGGCGAGAGAACCAGCAUCCGUCUCUUCUUCCCUGAAUCAGCUCUGCCCAACCCUCUGGAAAACAAUGACAAUGAUACACUGAUGGUGUUUGUCCCGUUCAAGCCCCUGGAUUUCCUCUGGCUAAGGGAAGUGUUGCUGAAAACAAGGAAUAAGACAAAGGUGGGGUUUUGGCGCCAGCCCCCCCGGGAGUGGAACGGGAACGUCUCCCAGCUACGGAUUCUCAACCCAUACCUCACCUAUGAGGCGACCUACAAGCUGCUGCAGCUGAAUGCCUCAAGUGGGAGAUAUGCCACCACGGGAAUCAUCGCUUUGAACUUAGCCCUCCAUAUGUGCCAAGAGGUCAAUAUUGCAGGCUUUGGUUACCCUGGAAACCACGACAAUACUACACCAAUCCAUUAUUACAAUACGGGUCGCUCACGCAAAAAAGAGCUCUUUCAGCACAAUAUCACUGCUGAGAGGAACUGGCUGCUGAAAAUGAUUGAAUCGGGGGUGAUUGCUGACAUAGCCAGCCCUUCCUUCCAGGCCCAGAACAGCUGAGAGAAGAAGACUCUGCUGCUUGCUCUCCCCUCCAGACACCACUGAUGAUCCCAGCUGGGCUCUGCCCUUCUUCCAGAUAUUGUUUUGAGCAGGUCGCAGUAUGUCCUGUCAUGUGUGAGGUGGGAGAUGGAUCCCUGAGAUUCAGAGCACUUGCCCUUUCCUCUUUUGGGCCUCUGGUUUCUGCUGUUGACUGCUGUGGUGGAGGGUGGAGUGUUGCACAACCCUUCUGCCUCCUGUUUUGUAAACAACCAUCCUGUGCUCAGCAGUUAUUUGUGAAAAGCACCAAACUGAAAUGCUAAACUGGUCCUCAGCCCCUGAGGGAGGGAGCGGGU